CAGAGCCAUACAUGAUACCAUGACUGAAAGAGUAUGAAGUAUGGAAAGAGUAAAUUGCAAAGUGGAUCUCACUCAGCCAGGUGAUCAGCCAGAUGGACGGAAACGGAUGAGCCGCUAAUCUGUAUCGGGCUAGCGUACCACUACGAGAGUUAUGUCUGUUUAUACAUCCCUGACUAACAACUGCCGGCAUAAUAACGAACCCCACAUAUACACACGAUCUCUCGUCCAUCGCGAUCCAUCUUCAUUCCCCUCUGAACACCUCCUGAAACAGAAACCUCAAACCUCUUCGACCUCACAUAACACCCACCAAUAACCCCAACGUAAUGUCCGAGCCCACAACAAUCAUGCCCCCCUCCCCCACCCGAACCGCCACCCUCCUCUCCAACCUCUCCGCCGUAACCGCCCGCAUCACAGCAUCCUCAGCCUCCGCCGGCCGCAACACCACCAAACCCAUCCGCCUAAUAGCAGUCUCCAAGCUCAAACCCGCCUCCGACAUCCUCGCCUUGCACUCACCCCCCGCAUCGCACCUCCACUUCGGCGAGAACUACCUCCAAGAGCUGCAAGAAAAGUCCAAGCUCCUCCCGCCCACCAUCCGCUGGCACUUCAUCGGCGGCCUGCAAUCCAACAAAUGCGUCACUCUCGCGCGCGACGUGCGCUCCCUGUGGGCCGUCGAGAGCGUCGACUCUGAGAAGAAGGCGUCCCUCCUCAAUAAAGGCUGGGGCGCGCGGUCUGCCGAGUUUCGCGCGGAGGACCACGAACCCCGGCUGCGGGUGUUUGUGCAGGUUAAUACGUCCGGCGAGGAGAAUAAGGCGGGGGUGGAACCCGUGAAGGGCGCGGUGGAGUUGUGUCGGUUUGUGAGGGAGCAAUGUCCGAAUUUGGCGCUGCAGGGGGUGAUGACUAUUGGGGCUAUUGCGCGGUCGAAGGCGACGACGGCGGAGAAUGAGAAUGAGGAUUUUGUGUGUUUGAGGGAGACGAGGGAUCGGGUUGUGGGCGAGCUGGGGUUGACGGGGGAGGAGGCGGAGUUGGAGUUGAGUAUGGGGAUGAGUGAGGAUUUUGAGGGUGCGAUUGCCUUGGGGAGUGAUGAGGUGCGUGUGGGGACUACGCUUUUUGGGGAUCGUCCGCCGAAGCAUGAGGCUAGGGUUGUAUGAGCUUUUUUAUAGGGUUUGACGAAUGACGAUUAUCGUGUAUCUAUUACUAAAAGAGGGAGAGUAGGAGGGGGCUCUUGCAUGUCGGGCUGUUGAAAAUAUUGCAUAACACGCCAGUCGAAUGGUAAUGCUGUUCGGGGAAAUAUACUAUAUACUUGGU